ACGGCGAGGAUAAAGCAAGAUGGCGUCUGACGGUGAAGACGUUAUUGCAGUCGUCACAGUUCAAUGUUCUUAAUCUGUUCCUCCAUGUACACAUAUAUGUCCUUUAUUACACUCUAGUAAAUAGAGUAAACAUCGUUAAUAACUGUUUGCAUCCGGUUAUAUUAGUGUGAGCGCACUUUGAUGCUUCUCGAGCUAGCUUAGCCUGCUAGUUAGUUUAGCUUGUUAGCUGCUAACAAAGAGAGGCGGAAGUGAUCAAAACACAUCACUAAGUAAAGAUCAAGUGUGAGUGUAAAGUGUUGUGAUUGUGUGAAAAUGUGCCAAAGAACCACAGCAGAGUACGAGGAGGAACUUUGUCCAACAAAAGAGGAGAAGGAGCGACAACAUGAAAAACAUCAAGUUGUGUUACACAGAACAGACAUCCAUCAGCUGAUUGGACACCAAGAAGAAUGUCUCCCUCAUCUGCAGGGGGACAGUUUCACUUUAGAGUAUCCACAGCCCUCACAUUUUAAAGGGGACAAAGAUGAGCCACAGCCCUCUUAUUUUAAAGAAGAAGAGGAGGGAGAGUGUCCUGUAGGGCAGGAGGAGGCUGAUGUCAGCAAGUUUCCACUGACUGUUGUCUCUGUGAAGACUGAAGAGCAUGAAGACAAACCACCUGAGUCCUCACAGCUUCAUCACAGUCCAAACGUCUGUGAAGAACAUCUUCACCCUGAGCAACAGAAGUGGAGCUUCAGGAUGCGAACGGAGGAGCCACAGCCCUUCCACAUUAAGAAGGAAGAGGAAUACCUACUGACCCCCAUUUUUAAAGAGGAAGAGGAGGACCCACAGACACCCCAUUUUAAAAAGGAAGUGGUGGAUCCACUGAGCCCUCACAUUAAAGAGGAAGAGGAAGAACACAGCAUCAAUCAGCAGGGAGAGCAUCUUGAAGGACUGGAGGAGGUUGAUGUCACCAAGAUGCCAGUGACUGGUGUCCCUGUGAAGAGUGAAGGUGAUGAGGUGAAAGGUGAAAGUGAGGAGAGGGGAGGGGGGGAGCCUCCAAGCAGCAGCUCAACACAACACAUGACAACAGAAGCUGAUGGAGACCACUGUGGAGGAUCACAAGCAGACAAGCUCUUAGCUCCACUAUCAGAUAGUGAGGACACAACGUCACACUCUCCUGACACUGAUGAUGAAGACUCUAAAGAUGAUAAGACAUGUCACACUGACAACACUCACUUCACAUCUUCUCACUGUCACAAAACUUUUAAAUACCAUUGUAGUCUGAAAAGACACAUGAGAAUACACACUGGAGAAAAACCUUUUUCUUGUUCACUCUGUGGUAAAGGUUUUACACAAAGUCAACAUUUGAAAGUACACAUGAGAAGACACGCUAGUGAAAAACCUUUUUCUUGUUCAAUCUGUGGUAAAGGUUUUACACAAAGUCAACAUUUGAAAAGACACACUAGAACACACACUGGAGAAAAAUCACAUUCCUGUUCAAUCUGCAACAGAAGCUUUUGUGAAAAAUCAAGCCUUGUAGCACACAUGAGAAGACACCAAGGAGAGAACGUGUUGAGUUGCAGUGUGUGUGGUGAAAGAUUGUCUUCUAAGUACCAGUGUAAGAAACACAAGUGUGCUGGUGAGAACAGCAGCAGCAAAUGAAACUGCAGGAUUUGAAAUAAACUGUCCAGACUUUCAUUUUGACUUUCUAACAACAUCAGCACAUAUAACAUGUGUGACAUUGUUGUUUGUCUAACAAUCUGGUUAAUAUGCUUCUGCAUUUAUAGAUUAAGAUAGUUUGAAAUAUGAAAGUAUUACAUAUUUGUAUUUGUAAUUGUUGAUAACCCCAUAGAUUAUCACCUUUAUAUGAUAUACAUAUGUACUGGUUCACAUCUGGAACAUCUUCUGGACCACUUCAGGAAGCAUAUUAUUAUUUACUUUAUACAUCAUUUAAACAGUUGUCUUUUAUACAAUUUUAAAAUGUCUGACCUUAUGAAUCAUUUGUUGGGUCUCUUUAAUUAUCGUUAUUACUCUGUAUUAUGAUGAUUGUGUUGUGAUUAUUUUAUAUGUAUGUCCCCAGACCUUUACGUAAUCUAAACGUGAGAGAAAAUGGCAGAUUAUUUUUGUGAAGGGAUGGUUUUGUUUUUACAAACUUACAUUUGUCGAUAUAUUAAAUAAAUCCAGUAUUGUGUUUGAAACAUUUUUUUAAUGUUUUUUUUUCUUUUUUAACAUGCCCACAACAACAUCAAUAUCAGUCAAAGUUUGGAGUGUCAGACAAAAGCCAAUAUUGUACAUCAUCCCACAGAGAUUUACUUUGCAUACAUUCUUAAAAUAAACUGUUUAUUGUGUUUUCCUAUCACAGAUCGAACAAGUGUUGUCUUCAAUUGCAAAACAACAUCCAAAAUAUUACUUUAAGUGGUCAAUUCCGACUUUUUUUCUUUCAUUAACUCUUUUGCCUUAGAAAGAAUGGAAACUUUUAAGUUAUGAGUAUUUUUCUUGUUCCAGGUUGUACUUCAUGAAAUAAUCAAAUAAUAAAAAUGUUAUCAGUCAAUAAGUGCA